AUGCCAGAUCGCCAUUCCUCCUCGCCGGCAGCGGCCCCGACGAACCCACGGCCACCCGCCGACUCCUCACCAACUAAUCCGAUAAGCUACCUGGACCCUGCACGCCAGCCCGCCAUGUCGGAUUCGUCCUCACCAAAAGCAACCCCCAAGCGCAAGAGAGAUGAUCUCGCCCUCGAGCAAAAGCUUUCCACUAGCCCAGCUCCCAAAGCAUUCGCGCACCCCGUCUUCUCAUUUCAACCUCAUAGUUCGUCAUCGUCGGAUUCGGCCGAGGAUGGGAACAGCAGCCCUCGCACCAAGGUUGCCAAUAAGUUCCGCCAUCUGUCAUUAGAAAGUGGGGGCGGGGUGACGCCCAAAACCCUCCCAGAUGGCAGCGUCAGCCGUACCGGGGUUCGUGAGGAACACGCGCGCCCCAGGCAUUCACCGGAGCCCCUGAUCUUUGACUUCAACGGGGCCGCUGAGGACGAUGACAAGAUGGACGACAUGCAGUGGGACGAAGCAGAGGAGAGCGCGAUGCGAAAACGCCACAAGCUCCUGCAGUUCGAUGCCGCCCAGUGUAGUCCAGGCCCGCGUGGAGAGAGCAGCGCCGACGCGGCUGGCCCUGUCCAAGUCCAAGUCGGCGAGGACGGGAGGCUCAAGCUCGAGACGGCUGUAGACCCGGCAAUGGUACGGGUAGCCAAGGCCGGAAACGCUGGCGACUUCAAGAAGGCCUAUCCCUCGAUUAACCGUCUGUCGGACUCCAAGUCACGCAGUCGCAGGCGGCCAACCACCCCUCCCCUGGGCCCAUCUAGGCGCAAGCCCACGGAGGGUCUUCCCCAAGAGCCCACCAUCGUGGACCCCGUCCGAGCCGCAUUGACGUGGCACGAGGAUGAGAUCACGGUGUAUGACCCGGAGGACAAGAACGACGACGGCACUGGCCUGAACGGGAUCGGAUUCAGGCCCACCCCAGCCGUUGCAUAUCAACGAGCCCAGAAGCGCAAAAAGCAGCUUUCAGAGUACAAGAAGCGAGAGGAGAGCGAGGCCAGAGCCAUACGCAAUCAGAAACGCAGAGAACAGCUCGGCGGUGGGACGGAGAUGAAGAGGACCCAUUCCAUGGUUCGAGUGCGCUUCUCCGACGUGGAACCGGAGACUUUGGUUACCACUUGA